AUGCUCUAUAGAAUUCUAUACAUAGAUCUGGGUCCUAUAUUAGAGAUUCCCAAGCAAGAUUUUUUUCAAGAAGCAAAAACUCUCAUUGCCCAACACUAUAAGAAAAUAAAUGAGAACAGAGUUCCAGGUACUUCUAUAAAUGUCUUUAGAAAUAAACAUCAGAAACCGAAAUCUAGCAAAUUCAUACCUUUGGAGAUCAAAAAAAAGGAAACACUUGAUACAGUCCGAGAACUUCAGGCAGCGUACAAAAUGAUUUGUUUUCCCAAAGACUGUUCCAAAAGUGGACAUUCUGAGGAGGCUCCAUCACGAACUUCUUUCAAGGAGCCACACAUUUUCAGUGUAAAAAAAAAAUACAAGGGGUCUAUAGAUCUAAUUGUGAAAGAGCAAGUUAAACUGGGUGAAAUAGUGACUAAUAUUGAUUCAGUGAGUAAAAAAAUGGAGAAAGAGAAGCAACAGCACCAUGAGAAGACCAGAAUGGUGGACUCAUUUUGUGCCUUCCCCAUAAUCAACCUUGGCUUGCACUUACGACCCAUGACCUCCUCUUCCUUGGGGCUUUUGAAAGAAAAUGACAGAGCGUUCUAUGAUUGGAGAGGAGUAGUGUCAAAAAGUUUUUCCUGUUUGGCUCGUGACUCCAGUUGGCCUAGUUUCUCUGGAUCAUCAUCAGUAUUUCAGGAUUAUUAUGCGAAUGUGUGUUCACACCAUGGUAAUAUUUUGCUACUAUAUAGGUCGUUUAAAAGUUUUAUCAAAAAAGAAAAACAGUCUGUCAAGCCAGAAUCAAAGCCACAACCCAGCCCAAAAUCUAUUCUAAAUAAAAGUGAUAAACUUGACAAUAAAGUUAAAAGAAUUGGACCACGCAUAGAAAUCUGCCAAGUGUUCCGGGGAAGGAAAAAAUUCGCAAUUACCAAAAAUAUAGUUAGAAUGGUCAUCGUCAUUCAGGCACUUGUCAGAGGGUGGCUUGAACGCAAAAGAUUCCAAAGAAUAAUGAUCAAGGCUUUGUAUCAUGGACCAGAUUUGAGAACAGUUAUAAACAUGUAUUGCAGACUAAUCCAUCGUGUUAAAUACCGACUUGGUCUUUGGAGGACGAGACAAAUUAUAAACCUUACAGAGCUAGAGGAAUGGAUGGACAGAAAAAAAUUCUAUGAAACAAUGUUUGCUAAAAGAGAAGAUUGGCAAGGAUUAGAAAGAAGUGAGCUCCUUAAGUACUUCAAUGACUGUGGUCAUUUCCCAAUGCACCAGCAAAUUGAUGAGGUUUGGGACCUGGUCCAUAGAGAAGACCAUACAAAAUACUCUGAUAUCAUCAAGAAAUCCAAUGCAAUUGAAAUGUUAUUUACACUCUACCCUCCUCAAGGUGCCCAUGUGUGUACUAAUAUGAGGCUUAGGUCAACUUGGCUGAGACCCAUAGUAAAUGGGGAAGAAGGAUAUAAGUAUAUAGUCAGUGGACAUCCAGUACUCAAAAGAGCUAACAUCCAGAUUGUGGGGAAGCUGGUGGCCAGAUCUAUGAGAGAAAGGAAAAUGAGACAACAGUAUUCAUCAUGA